UCGGCCUGGGUGAUUUAGACUAACCUCAAAUUGUUAUGCCAUAAUUGAGGUAUUUCGUAUUUAUUUAUGUUGUGCUAACCUUAUUUUAUUGUUGUUCAAAGGUUAAAACUGUCUAUUUAGAAAAUGAAGCUUGUGUACAAGCGUGGCCAAAGGCUGCUUUUAGAAUUAGCGGAUACUAAUGUAUUUGAAGGUGUUUAUGACGGCGGUAAUAUAAAUAGAAUGGAAUUGAUAAACAUUCUUGAUCAUUAUACCCAAAGUGCAAUUGGUGGCAGACUUUCCUUUUACAUCAAUGAGAUUCAAUCCGUAAAGGAACUAAACGAGGAUGGCGAAGAGGUUAAAGAAGAAAAAGAAGAUAAACUGCCAUCAACUGAAGUAGAACGUCUACAACUGAUGGCAAGGACGUAUAUUUAUAUAAAUAAAAUUGAAGAGGCUUGUGAUGUAGUUGAUGUCUUGGCGAAUUGCGAAUGUAUUGGAAUUGUGGGUAUAGGGGCAGAGUUUUCUACAACGAAGCCUGUAGAGUUAUUGGUCAUGUCAUCGUGGAGUCAAGUGUAUAUCGUGAAUUUGAGUUUGUGUACCCAUUCCGGUUUUCCAUCAGGUUUAGCUAAAAUUUUAGAAUCAAAUUAUAUCCAAAAAGUAGGUCAUAAUUUGGUUCCGCUAAGCCAGUCAUUGUGGCAUUGUUAUAAAGUUACAAUAAACAAUACUUUUGAUACACAGAUCGCAGAUGAGAAAAUAGAAGUUGAUAGGGGACAUUUAUAUAAGGCGCCGAAUUUGGCAGAUAGUUUAAAGAAACACUUACACUUACCGUGCUUACUGGAGGAUACACCGAGUACAACCUCGGAAAUGUGGAGUGAACGUCCUUUACCUGACUUUCGGAAGAUACAAGCUGCCCAGUUAGUAACAUAUCUAAUUACACUGAGAAAUAUACAAAAAAGGCUGCUCUUAAAAGAUUAUUACGAUCCCAUUGAAGAAUAUAUUGAAAAAAUUCAUAAGUCUGAUUGUUAUCGACCUCAUGUUGAUUUUAAAAGUGAUACUAUACCAUUUCGUCUAAAGGAAAUACUCGAUUCAUUUUAAUUUGCGGACUUUUACUGUGAGAAACCUUCGUUCAAUACAGAAAUACCGUCAAAUAUUAA